AUAAAGACACCCAUUGCAAAAAAAAUUUUUUCUUUGAAUCCAGUUCUUUUUGCUUCAAUAAGAUACACAUACAGUAGUACUAAAAUGAAUAUAUGUCUAUAUUGCUUUACAUUGGGAGCCUGUGUCCCGAUGGAUGCUAUUUUUAAGGUAAGUCUUUGUCCCCCACACGCUAAUAAAGAAUAUCCGUAAAAGCUAGUUGUUGCUGCUUGUUUACAUUAAGGUUCACAUUUAGUUAAUCACACAACCCUUAUGAUCUCAUUCAUUCCAUUAAACUUGAGAAAUUUGAUAUUGUUACCCCUCUUCAAAAAUGGAAAAUAAAGCUUUAACAUAUUGCUCCUGAAUCAUACAAGGGGAUACCAGAGGGAAUUGAACCCCGGUCUCUCGCCUGAGGAAAAUGUUGUACCUCUGCAAUAAAUGUGUGGUAUGUAAGAAGCAAUGGUGCCCUGGAACACAUUCCCCAGACGCUGUGGCUUCUAUCGUUUUAUUCGUUAUCUUCUGACUCUGUAGCAUGACCGGGGCCUGGCAAGAACAACUCAUUGUACAUCAACUGGGGCAACCCUACUGAGGCUAGAAGUCUUAUCAAAGGUGAACACACUGAUGUAGCCUACUUCCUGGUUUGGUUUUCAUCUGGACUAGUUGGCUGGGUAGCACUGUUUCUCUGCAGACUUUCUUUUGUAGCUAGGCUAGCAAGAGAUAAGAGAUACCAGAACAUCUUAAAUGUUCUUUGAUCUAGCAGAUCAGAAGGCUGCUCUGUUUAAAAACGAGGAUACCAAGCAAAGCAAAUGAAUUAUAGCUUUUCUAGCUUGGCUCCAUGUUGGUAGUCCAUCACAAGAAUCAUCCUGAUGCCCAUAGUUUUAUUGUUUCCAUCACAGAAUCCAUUAAGUACAUAUUUUCUUACCAUAUAUGAGGCAUAGUGGUGCAGUUUGAAAAUAUACAGCCAAGGCUGACCUUUGAAGUUCAAGAAGAAAUCAACCAAUUUGAAUUACCAGAGUUACAAGGAAAAAAUGAACCAUGAGUUAGAAGAGUUGGUGUUUUUAUUCUGGGUGUGGUAUUGAGAGCAACAGUAUCUCAAAUACUGAACUAAAAUAUGAACUCUCAUUUUUUACUGGAUGUUUUAUUUGCUUUGGUCAUUUAACUUGCAUGAUGUUCACAUGGAAGAAAGGUGCUCCACAAAUGUAUACAAUUUUCCCUGUGAAGUCAAAUGAAGGAAUAAACAUUGGUUAAGCUAAAUUGUAAAUGGAGUCAGACGUAGAGAUGUCUCAAUUAACAUGUUGGCGUUUAUCCCAAGAAGAGCAAGAAAGCUAUAUACCUUUUUUCAUUAUAGAAGGUAGAUCAGACAGUUUUGUUCCUUAAAUAGAUCACAUAUUUUCAUUGCUUAUUGAAAGUAAUGAGGGAGUGUGGCUGAGGGGGCUGUGGUGGUCCUGGUUAUUUAUAGUGUGGUGUUAGCUUUCACCCCAUGGAGGACUGAGUGUCAACUAAGCCUGUAAUUUACAUAUAUUUGGAAUGCUUUUAGCUCCUCACUGCCUGUUGGCAUGGCAACAGGACAAGAGUUAUGAUGUCAAAGCAAUAUGAACUGAUGAUUGACCUAAAAUUAUUUGGAAAACAUUCCCAUUUUAAGUUUCCAUUGAGAGUGGGAGAGAAAGGAGGCACGUGGCAGCUUCAUUGAAAAGAAGACUGGAAGGAAAGAGAAAGGAGACCCUCUCAACAUUGCGAUUGACAAGAUGACCAAGAAAACCAGAGAUCUGAGGAGACAGCUUCGGAAAGCUGUGAUGGAUCACAUAUCCGAUUCUUUCUUGGAAACCAAUGUCCCUUUGCUGGUUCUCAUUGAGGCUGCGAAGAGUGGGAAUGAAAAGGAGGUGAAGGAAUAUGCCCAAGUUUUUCGUGAACAUGCCAACAAGCUGGUGGAGGUUGCCAAUUUGGCUUGUUCCAUCUCCAACAAUGAGGAAGGGGUGAAGUUAGUCAGGAUGGCAGCUACCCAGAUUGACAGCCUGUGUCCCCAGGUCAUCAAUGCUGCCCUCACUCUGGCUGCUCGGCCACAGAGUAAAGUUGCUCAGGACAACAUGGAUGUCUUCAAAGAUCAGUGGGAAAAGCAGGUCCGAGUACUCACUGAGGCUGUGGACGACAUCACCUCAGUGGAUGACUUUCUCUCUGUCUCAGAAAAUCAUAUCUUGGAGGAUGUGAACAAAUGUGUGAUUGCCUUGCAAGAGGGAGACGUGGACACACUGGAUCGCACGGCUGGGGCCAUACGCGGCCGGGCAGCCCGGGUCAUUCACAUCAUCAAUGCCGAGAUGGAAAACUACGAAGCCGGGGUCUAUACGGAGAAAGUGCUGGAAGCCACAAAAUUGCUCUCGGAAACAGUGAUGCCACGCUUUGCUGAACAGGUUGAGGUUGCCAUCGAAGCCCUGAGUGCCAAUGUCCCUCAACCAUUCGAGGAGAAUGAGUUCAUCGAUGCCUCGCGCCUGGUGUAUGAUGGUGUUCGGGAUAUCAGAAAGGCUGUGCUGAUGAUCAGGACUCCAGAAGAGCUAGAAGAUGAUUCUGACUUUGAGCAAGAGGAUUAUGAUGUGCGGAGUCGGACAAGUGUUCAGACCGAGGAUGACCAGCUCAUUGCUGGGCAGAGUGCACGGGCCAUCAUGGCGCAACUACCACAGGAGGAGAAAGCAAAAAUAGCUGAGCAGGUGGAAAUUUUCCACCAAGAAAAAAGCAAGCUGGAUGCUGAAGUGGCCAAGUGGGAUGACAGCGGCAAUGACAUCAUUGUGCUGGCCAAGCAGAUGUGUAUGAUCAUGAUGGAGAUGACAGACUUCACAAGAGGCAAAGGCCCACUGAAAAAUACAUCUGAUGUCAUUAAUGCUGCCAAGAAGAUUGCAGAAGCAGGCUCUCGAAUGGACAAAUUAGCACGCGCUGUGGCUGAUCAGUGUCCUGAUUCAGCAUGUAAGCAGGAUUUAUUAGCCUACCUUCAGCGGAUUGCCUUGUAUUGCCAUCAGCUUAACAUCUGCAGCAAAGUGAAGGCUGAAGUUCAGAAUCUGGGAGGAGAACUCAUUGUGUCAGGGACAGGAGUUCAGAGCACUUUCACUACCUUUUAUGAGGUAGAUUGUGAUGUCAUAGAUGGGGGCAGGGCUAGUCAACUUUCUACCCACCUCCCAACCUGUGCUGAGGGAGCUCCAAUCGGGAGUGGAAGCAGUGACUCCUCCAUGCUGGACAGUGCUACAUCACUCAUCCAGGCAGCCAAAAACCUGAUGAAUGCGGUUGUCCUCACGGUGAAAGCAUCUUAUGUAGCCUCAACCAAAUACCAGAAGGUCUAUGGAACAGCAGCUGUCAACUCUCCAGUUGUGUCUUGGAAGAUGAAGGCUCCUGAAAAGAAGCCCCUUGUGAAGAGAGAGAAGCCUGAAGAAUUCCAGACACGAGUUCGACGGGGGUCUCAAAAGAAACACAUUUCACCUGUGCAGGCUUUAAGUGAAUUCAAGGCAAUGGAUUCCUUUUAAGACAAUAGGCUUCAAACUAGAAAGCUUUUUCUUUCUUCCCCCCCUUCCCCCACUCCGUCCCCUUUCUUUUUCAUUUUGAUUCCAUUUUUGUAAGCAUACCUGCUGACUUGUAUGCCUCUGGCAUGGGGAAAUUAAGAGAACAGUGUCUGUUUGCAUGUUAGAUGAGAUGAGAUCAAUGCUACUGAUCCAUCAGUAGCCUGGGAAGGAAGGGGGACAGGUGAUGAUUUCUGUCCUGAGGUGGCACAGAGCUGUCCUUUGCAACAUUCUAUUUAAAGUUGGGCAAAGAGUUCACACUGUGAUGUUCACGGGAGUGGGAGGGAUGGGGAAAAUAAACUUAAACUCUACAAAAGCAAACUCUAAUGCAUGCAAGAAUCAUUAGGUUGGCAGGUAUAUUCAUAAGUGAAAAACCUGGAAGUGUAAUGGUAGACCAUAAAACCUGUACUGCUUCUGUUUCGGUGCAAAAAUGUACUAGCCAAUACGCUGAAGUGUGUGGCCCACAAAUUGAACAAUUUAACCUCAACGUCAUGUAUCCAUGCUAUCAUGUGGAUUCUUAACUGAGGAGAAACUAACUCAUCCCGUCUCAAAUGUUUCUUUAAUCUGCAUUCUGUUCUUUCUUCCUGGUAGUGCCAUUACUAGUGUUCCUCUUAUUUUAUCCUCUCUGCUGAAGACAGUAAACAUUCCUUGGAGAUACUUGGAUCCUUCUGCGGACCCCGAUGAUACAAAGUGGAGCUCAACUGUCCUUCCAUUUAUUCCUUUCUUUCUAAGUUUGAACUCUGACUUUGCUAGACAUAGAAGGCUCAAUGGUGGAACGUUAGAGCAAUGGGGAUUGACAGUAAGUGAAGGUUUAGAGGCAAAUGCAUAGGUGUGUAGCUGGGAGUGCUGGUAUCUAAUAUACCAUUGUAUUCACUGACACAAAAAUAAACACAUUUAAUCUUGA